AUGGCACGCGAACUAUCUACCCUUCAGCUUACCUGCGCGGCAUUGGUAGCCUUCAUAGCUGUGCUGGCGUUCAGCAAGCGAAGAAAGCAUCUCAAAUGGAAGGUCCCUCCUGGGCCAAAGCCAUUGCCGGUUAUUGGCAACUUCUUCGAUCUCCCCGCCAAAGGACAGCCCGAGUAUCAGCACUGGUUCAAGCACAAAGAUGCCUACGGUCCCGUCAGCUCUAUCAAUGUCAUGGGGACGACACUUGUCAUAUUCCAUGACAAAGACGCUGCCCAUGCUGUCAUGGGGAAGAAGGCCCAAAAGACAUCGGCAAGACCUCAGCUCAACUUUGCUCAGCUAUGUGGGUUCGAGAACUUUCUCAUCACACACCAGUACGACGGAAAGUACCGCCUGCACCGGAAGAUGGUUCAGCAGGAAAUUGGGACUAAAGGGCUCUCUGCUGGUUUCCGCCCCAUCCAAGAGCAGGAAUCUAUUCGUUUCAUCAUUCAAACGUUCAAUAAACCUGAAGACAUCUUGCAUCACUUGAAAACUUUGGCAGCAGCCAUCGUUCUGAGCAUUAACUAUGGUUACUCGAUUGAGCGAGACAGCCCCGAUCCACUGGUCGAGUUGAUUGAACACGCAAUGGAGAAUCUGUCCCAGGCAUUCGUGCCACUUUCUUGGGCCAUUGACUCGGUGCCUGCUAUCAAGUAUCUUCCUGACUGGUUCCCUGGCAUGUCGUAUAGGAAGACCGCGCAAGAAUGGAAGGCCGUCAACGAGGCCGCUGCCGAACUUCCCUAUGACUUUGUCAAGCGCCAGAUGGCACACAAGGCCCAUCGUCCUUCAUAUGUCUCCAACCUUCUCGAAAAGAACAUGGCCAAGUCGAACCGUAAUGAUAUCAGUUUGACUGCGGAAGACGAAGAGGCUAUCAAAUGGACUGCAGUCAGCCUCUAUGCUGCAGGAUCUGACAGCACGGUCGCCAUCAUCCACAGCGUUAUCUGUGCUCUUGUCAUAUUCCCCGAUGUUGUAACAAGGGCACAGGACGAGAUCGACCGAGUUGUCGGAUCCGAUAGGCUCCCCAACUUUGACGACAGAGUCAACCUGCCUUAUAUUGACGGUAUUAUCAAGGAAGCCUGGCGAUGGAAUCCUGUAGGACCCAUGGGCUUGACGCACAAGUCGGAGGAAGAUAUUGUCUACGGAGAAUACUUUAUCCCUAAAGGCUCUUAUCUCCUUCCUUCUCUAUGGUGGUUUUUGAACGACCCCAAAGAUUACCCAGAGCCCCGAGUCUUCAAACCAGAGCGUUAUAUGGAGCCAUUCAACAACCCUGAUCCGAGUGAACUGGCUUUCGGUUAUGGUCGAAGAUCUUGUGCCGGUCGCUUCUUUGCAGAUGCAAGUGUCUACAUUGCUGUGGUCCAGCUGUUGGCAGCUUUCAACGUUCGUAAGGCUAAGGAUUCCCAAGGCAACGAGAUUCCUGUCACUCUCGAGGCUAUCCCGGGCAUGGUCAAUCGCCCCGCUCCCUUUGAGUUCAAGGUGGAGCCUCGCAGUCAGCAUCACAUCAAUCUUCUUCGCCGUAUCGAGUCUGAGCAGAUACCUGAGCUUAGCCAUGCGAGUCUUCUCAGAGCGAGUACAGUGUGA